UUCUUGACAGAAGUGACACAAGCAGCGCAGACACAGCCUCACAAACCACAACCUGCCCAGCCCGAGAGAGGAGAAACUGCUACACUUUUUCACCGAAAACUUGGGAAACUUCUUCAGAGAUCUGACAGAGGCACAAGAGUCCCCCAGUUUCCACUUCUCAAAACCUUGGACAGAGGAGCCUGACGACCUCGUAUGGCGGCGUGGGACCUGUCAGUCACAGUGGAGGACCUGGGGUCUGACGCGCCACCUGUCACCCUCAGCGUGGACUCUGGCCUUCACGUCGGAGGGGUCAUCCUGAAGCUGGUGGAAAAGACACAGAUAAAGCGUGAUUGGUCGGACCAUGCGCUGUGGUGGGAGCAGAAGCAGCGGUGGCUGCUGCGAACAGCCUGGACUCUGGACAAAUAUGGCAUCCACGCCGACGCCCGGCUGGUCUUCAUGCCCCAACACAAGCCCCUAAGGCUGGGUCUGCCCAACGGCAUUACCCUGAGGCUCCGAGCCUGCUUCUCCAGCUCCGUCUUCCAGACGGUGAUGGGCAUUUGCAGAAUGCUGAAUAUCCGUCACCCCGAGGAGCUCUCGCUCCUUCAGCCCGUAGAGGAGAAAAAGAAGAAGAAAGAUAAAAACUCGGCUGAGGAGAUCUACGACCUGACCGAGGUGCCCCUCUCCUCGGCAUCCCGGCCCUGUUUGUAUAAUGGCAUGCCGGCUCACUUUGCGGACUCACCUCAGAUGGAGGCCAUCUACAAGAUGCUGUCAGUCACCCAGCCUCCGCCCGCCCCCGAGGUCAUAGCCAAGCAGUACCGUGCAGCCAGCGUGGUGGACAAGGCCCACAUCCACGGCAGAUGGUUGGACUCAUCCCGAUGUCUCCUGCAGCAGGGCAUCCAAGAAAAUAGCAGACUCUGGCUGCGCUUCAAAUACUUUGCUUUCUAUGAUAUGGAACCCAAGUAUGAUGUUGUGCGUCUGACCCAGCUGUAUGAGCAGGCGCGCUGGGCGAUCCUGCUGGAGGACAUUGACUGCACUGAGGAGGAGAUGAUGCUGUUUGGAGCUCUACAGUAUCACAUAAGUAAGGUGUCUCAGUCGGAGCCCCAGAUGCUGAGCUCCAGUGCAGCCAUGGACGACCUGGAGUCUGCCCUGCAGUCCCUGGAGGUCAAGAUGGAGGGAGAGAGCAGCUCCGCGUCCGAGAUGCUGGAAAACAUGACUGCACCGGAACUCAACGACUAUCUAAAGAUUUUCAGGCCAAAGCGAAUGACUCUGAAGGGAUAUAAGCAGUACUGGUUCAAGUUCCAGGAUACCUCCAUCUCUUAUUUCAAGAGCAAAGAGGAGAGCAUCGGAGAGCCCAUUCAACAGAUUAACCUCAAAGGGUGUGAGGUGGCUCCGGACGUUAAUGUGACAGCACAGAAGUUCCUAAUCAGACUCCUGAUACCAGCGCCUGAGGGCAUGAACGAGGUCUAUCUGCGCUGUGAAAACGAGCAGCAGUAUGCUCAGUGGAUGGCUGGGUGUCGACUGGCCUCCAAAGGCAAGAGUCUGGCCGACAGCAGUUUCCAGAGUGAGAUCCAGAGCAUCCGCUCCUUCCUGGCUAUGCAAAAGACCAGCUCCGGUACCCAUGGCAACGCACCUGCCAACGAUGAAAGCAUCAAUACUCACAGUCUGGUGUCACCACGCUACCAUAAGAAGUACAAAGCCAAACAGCUGACCCCUCGUAUCCUGGACGCAUACCAGAACGUGGCUCAGCUCUCACUUACAGAUGCGGUGAUGCGCUUCCUGCAGAUCUGGCAAGCCCUGCCCGACUUUGGACUCUCAUAUGUCGUUGUCAGGUUUAAGGGCAGUCGUAAAGACGAGGUACUGGGCAUUGGUCCCAACCGUCUGAUCCGUAUCGACCUGGCUGUGGGCGAUGUGGUGAAGACCUGGCGCUACAACAACAUGAAGCAAUGGAAUGUCAACUGGGACAUACGACAGGUGGCUAUUGAGUUUGAAGGCAACAUCAACAUUGCUUUUGCCUGUGUGACUGCUGACUGCAAAAUCGUUCAUGAGUUUAUUGGAGGAUACAUUUUCAUGUCGACACGCAGUCGUGCGAAGAGCGACACUCUCAAUGAGGAGCUUUUCCACAAGCUGACCGGCGGCCACGAAGCUCUCUAAGACUAAAACACACAAACGUAGAAAAAAAUCCCAAAUCAGAUCUCCUGUGUGUCUCAAGAGGGGAAACCAUGUGGAAUUGGAUUUUAUGGCGCAAUCAGGCAACCACAACAACAUCAGAACUUUACAACAAGUGGACAAAAUAAGAUAUUCUGUUCAUGUGUAAAUGUGUUACAUCCCGCCUUGUCAGUCCAUCCAAGUUUUUACACACACAUACACACACACACACACACACACACACACACACACACACACACACACACACACACACACACACAAACACACACACUUCAAGACUCUGGUGGUCCUCAUGCUGACUUCCCCUUUUUCUUCAGAAUAGACUGCUACUGGUCCAAACUGCUGGACAUCUGGUCCAGGAUCAGCAGGCUUGACACUCAAACUCAUGGCAAUGCAAAAUCAACAGUUGCAUCAGCCAGAGGCAACUUUUCUGUUUCGCCUCACAGUAUGCAUACUUCCUGUUGAUUAGGAUAGAAAGCCUUGCUUUGUCCAGAGCUGCAGUCUUAUUGUCAGCAGCCACAUAAUCAACAGCAAUGAGUAGAAAACACAUGUAAACUUAUGAAUAACAACAAACAUUUAUUAAAAUAAAUACAGCAAUUUCCUU